AUUCGGGCCGGGUGGCUCGGACGCAGCCGGAGUUGGGGGACAUGACCAAAGUGAUCUCUUAGCGGUUGUUCUCCGUGCUCCGAGAAUCAGGGGGUUAAUUACACUCGGGGGGGUUACGUCGAGCAGACCACAUUAGCCCACUUCGGCAAUCUAUUCAAAAUGCCGUCUGCAGAAGACCACAGUCAGAUAAUCCGUGAGGUAUGGGCAAAUAACCUGGAAGAAGAAAUGAGACGAAUUCGUCUAAUUAUUCAGAAAUACAACUAUAUAGCCAUGGAUACAGAGUUUCCUGGUGUUGUGGUAAGACCUAUUGGAGAAUUUCGUAGCACUGUAGAUUACCAGUAUCAACUCCUACGAUGUAAUGUGGACUUGUUGAAAAUCAUCCAGCUAGGCCUGACGUUCAUGAAUGAGAAAAACCAGUAUCCUCCUGGAACCUCCACCUGGCAGUUCAACUUUAAAUUCAACCUGACGGAGGAUAUGUACUCUCAAGACUCAAUAGAUCUGCUGAGAACUUCUGGGCUCCAGUUCAAGAAGCAUGAAGAAGAAGGGAUUGAAACCUCUUACUUUGCAGAGCUGCUCAUGACAUCUGGGGUUGUGCUUUGUGAUAAUGUUAAGUGGCUUUCAUUUCACAGUGGUUAUGACUUUGGCUACUUGAUUAAACUUCUAACCCACUCACGACUACCGGAAGAAGAGCAAGAAUUCUUUGACAUCCUGCAUUUGUUCUUUCCAGCAAUCUAUGAUGUGAAGUACCUGAUGAAAAGCUGCAAAAACCUGAAGGGUGGCCUGCAGGAAGUUGCUGAACAGCUUGAGCUGGAGCGAAUUGGGCGACAGCACCAGGCAGGCUCAGACUCACUUCUGACAGGCAUGGCUUUCUUCAGAAUGAGGGAGUUAUUUUUUGAAGACAACAUUGAUGAUACAAAGUACUGUGGACAUUUAUAUGGUCUUGGAUCGGGUUUAUCUAAUAACCAUAAUGGGACAGCUGGCACGUCUGAAGAAGAAACCAACAGCAAACAACACUGACCUGAGUGGAGAUGUUUUACUAACUCUAUGUUUUUAACAGACAUUUUACUGCAGAAUGAGUACUAUUCUCUCCGCACAACUUUUAGAGAUAUUUGGCAGAAUAAUUAAAUAUGACUGCACAUAUAUAUAUCUAUCACAUUUGUAAAUGCUGUCCUGCUGUCCUUUUUUUAGAUCAGUUGAAGGCAUAGGAGGGAAGCCAGUUUUGAUGUUAAUCUGCCAAGACUUAGUGAAGAUCUUCCAGAUUUUUGCUAAAAUACUUAUUUUCUCUUUUACUUCUCAUACCAACCUGUUUUCUGUCUUGAUUCAGGUUAAUUUUCAUGGUGUACUGAGUCUUAACACCAUUAGCUUUUACAUACAUGGCCAUUUGUGAGAAUUAUUUGCAUAUCUGUGCCUAAACACAUUCAUUUUCUGAUUGGUAAACUGUUAUGGGUAUAAAAUGGCUUCAGCACUAGAGUUUUUAUCUGAUUAAUGUUUAUCUUGCAAUACAGUGUUCACAAAAUAUUUCAAUGGCAUUGAGGGUGAAAUUUUCUCAUCUUGAAAGGGAAACUGCAGACCAGUAGCAAUGUAGAAAUCUUAAAUUGUCAUUGUUCUAUUCAAUUGGGUUAAACAGUCAAAAGCAGGAAAAUUAGCUGGGAAUUGAACUUGUUUUAUGGUUACUGAUCUUCAACAUGAAUUAGUUCAUUUAAAAUGAGUUGUUCUUGUUUGUAAUUUUAUCAGAUACUUGUUAUAGUUACUAGUCCUGCUCAAAGGAAAAAAAAGAAUUUUUAUGUCUGUAGUUCUUGCUUUCAUCAUCAACUACAAGUAACGUGGCAAAUAGUGCAUGAUUAUCAUUCAGACUGUAUUUGUACCCUAAAUCUGAAUGUGAUAGAUCACACUAAGUUGAGCCCAGUCUUCCAUUGUGACUUGAAUCAGAUGCCAAGAAAUACAAUCUUUUUAUUGUGUUAGAGUUAAUUAUUCCAUUGCUAAUAUCACAAGUUUUAAAAUGAUCCAUCAUACAUUAAAUAUCACAGCUUGUCAUAAGUAAAAUCUUCAUGCUGUUAAUUUGACUUCAUGAAGAAUAUACUUGUAUGUUUUAAUAUUUUGAGAGAGAUCUCGAUGAAGUAUUUUUUAAUUAUAAAUGCUUAAUUUAUCUUUGCGUAGCUCACAAAAAUGAAUCUUGAUGUAAGAUGUUGUUGUAGGACUCAGUGUUUGAUAUCUCAUGAGAUUGGAGACAAUUGGUUUUAUGCACUUCCCUCCACAGAAAUCUCCUUUUUAAGAAUUAACUGGUUUGUAAUUAUUUUAAUACUUUGAGGCAAGCUAUCCAUCUUUUUAAAAAAAAAUCCUGAACCAAUGUAUUUUAAAUAAGUUUGUAAAUUAAAGAUUUGUUCUUACAAGGAUUUGAUGUGUAAACUUGUUUUAAGGUAUAUUAAUAACAAAGAAUAGUAUAUUACGUGAGUUUGCAUCCAUGUGGACAACUACGUUUGGAGCUGGAAGGUCUGUAGGAGAUAUUCUGUA